GCGGCCGUAGUAACAGGGCGGGGCAGCAAUCCGGUGGGCGGACCUUAACGAGAACACGACUCGCCUUGUUGUGUGUAUUCCCGUGCUCGCAUCGCCAUCUUGUUGCAAUCCAAUUUUUUACGUAUGCGAGGAUCUACUUUCCGUUCGGUCGGAUUAAAAAUCGACCGUUUGCUCUCAGGAGAAUCACUGGGCACGGGGAUCUCGGGCCUGCGGGUGUGAACCGUGCACACGGCGCUUCUUACCGGGAAACUGCCUGCCCCUCCUCGGUCUUUUUCCUCCUUCCGUCCCGGGCCACCGGGUCGCCUGCCGAGAGGGUUUUACGCGCAAUGAGCAUCGAUACACUUUUGGAGGCGGCCAGAUAUCUGGAAUGGCAAGCCCAACAACAACAGAUCACACGUGAGGAGGAGCAGCGCAAAGAGAAGCAGCUCAUCAACAGGGAGGCGGAGUCUAUGCGCGUGGAACUCGUGACCUCGUUGUCUCAGCCAAUCAGAGCCAAUCACGUCACUUGGGGAAAUGACACUCAUCGCCAACAGCCGUAUCACCACCCUGCACCCCCGCCCCCCCCUCUCCCAUCUACCCAAGUCCCCAUCACAGUCAUACCAAUGGUCCCAGUUGUCACUACCACACACUCGGCCCCGCCCAUUAAUUUCACAGCGCAGAUUGCAACGUCGCUCAAUGGCUCGCCACCAGCCAAGAACCUUUCCUUUCCUCCACAGCAGCAGCAUCAUCAUCCCCAUCCCACCUCUCCUCACCUGUUGUGCCCCCCCCACAUAAAAGUAGAGACUAGUCCACAGUUACAGGUAGAGACGUGUCCCCUGAUUAAGGUAGAGACUUGUCCCCUGAUAAAGGUAGAGACUUGUCCCCUGAUAAAGGUAGAGACUUGUCCCCUGAUAAAGGUAGAAUCUAGUCCCCUGAUAAAGGUAGAGAGUAGUCCGCAGAUGAUUGGUGCUCAGCCCAGCCAAUCACAACCUCAGAUUCAGAUUCAGUACACAACCUCCAUCAGCACUAAUGGCUCCGGUUCUCAACAUGCACUGGUUCCCCAUCAAUCUCCACCUUCAUCUCAGCCACGGUCUAAUGGAGUACUGGAGGACCUGAGGGGGCUGGAAGGGAAGAGGAGACCAGGGGGAGCUGGGACCAGAGAGGUGCAUAACAAACUGGAGAAGAACAGGCCCUUCAGGCGAGCGCACCUCAAAGAUUGUUUCGAGACCCUGAAGAAGAACGUUCCAAAUGUUGACGAGAAGAAAACCUCCAACCUCAGCGUUCUCCGCAGCGCUUUGCGUUACAUACAGACUCUGAAGCGUAAGGAGAAGGAGUACGAGCACGAGAUGGAGCGUCUGGCCAGAGAGAAGAUCUCGACGCAGCAGCGGCUGGCCGAGCUGAAGAACGAGCUCAGUCAGUGCAUGGACGUCAUGGAGAUCGACCGAGUGCUUCGACAGACCAUCCAGCCCGAGGACGACCAGGCCUCCACGUCCACUGCCUCAGAAGGAGAAGACAACUUUGAGCAGGACAUUGACGACGAUGACCCGGCCCCUCCUGCUCCCCCCUCCCUCUCCAAAGCUCCCGUUAUACAUGCCCAGCAGCUGCUCACCUCUCACCUGACCAUCCAGCACGCCUCCCUGCCUCUGGGGGUUCUGACCACGUCCUCCCCCUCCGCCCCCCCUCAAGCCAUCGCACCGGCCCCAGGCCCGCCCCCUCCACAGCUCGCACAUCCCAUCCAGCAGCUCCAGCCCACCGUCAUCGCUCAUGCUGCCAUCUCCCACCCGUCAGUCAUCCAGGCUGUCAAUCACGGCCUGCCGUCGAAUCUCAAGCACCUAACGCAUAUCGCCCCGUCCCCCGGCCCCAUGUCCUCCAUGUCCUCCAUGUCCUCCAUGUCCUCCAUGUCCUCCAUGUCCUCCAUGCCUCAGACAAUCGCUCACCAGCAAAUAUCCGCACAGCCCAUCGGACACAUCACCGUCCACCCCUUGGCUCACCUGCAAUCCCACCUCCCAAAUCUCUACCCCCAGGGCGUGUCCGUCUCCCAGCCCACCAUGAUGGGACACAUCACCCACACCUUCACCCACCACACCCUGCCCCACGUCCAUGCUAACCCUCAAGCUAACACUAACGGAGCCCAGAUGAACAGCUCAGCCGUCAUCAGCCAGGGGCACCCGUCGCUAGGGAAACCCACAGCGGUGCUGGCCCCCCACCCCCAGCUGGUUGGUCAGGCUGCGGUCCUCAACCCUGUCACCAUGGUAACAGUCCCAACCUUUCCUGUCAGCACACUCAAACUAGCCUGAAAGAUGAACAAAAAAUGAAAAGUGGGAAAGAUUCUGAACUGAACUUCCGGAGGAAUUUUCACACUCCUGUCAAUAAUCACUAGCAGAGAAUCUCUGACGAAACAUUCACCAGGAAAACAUCGUUUUUUCUGGACCACGUGUGACGGAUACCUCCAGAGAUAUUUCAGUCUCAGCUCGUUCGUUUGUGAACAUUGACGCAGAGUCGGUGGGUGAGGCCAUUGUUUGUGAAGAUAAGACUGUGACAUUUGUCUGCGCUGCAAAGACAGGAACUCUGUUUGACCUUCCUUUACACCAGAAGCACUAACAUUAUAAGCUCACACUCAGGCAUCUAAGAUUUACCUUUACCAUUCAUCCACUCAUCGAGGGAAAACGCACGAAAGAGAGAUUUGUUUGUCGUGAGGUUGUUGCCGUGGUGAUACAGUAUGUGCUUGUUUUUGUGUUCAUAUAAUCAUGACGUCACGUGGGACAUCCUGGAGAAAAGCUGUCACUGAUGUGUUUGAGAGCAGAGGAGGGAUCUCACUGAUCCGAAUGAAUUACAGAGAAGUGUGAUCAAAUAUGAGGUGCACCACAUUACAUGGCCAGAUCUGCAAUUACAAAGAGAAAGACCAAAAGAAACAACUGAACCAUUUUUAUGUGUGAUUUCUGUUCAGCUGACAGCUUCUGAUCAUGUGAGCAAGUGUCCCAUUCAACAGUGGAGUUAUUUUAUCCACUUCCCCUUUGGCUCUCUUUAUGGAGGACUCUAAAACAGUGGAAUGUUUUAAAGAUUGUAAUAUGAGACUAGAUAUUGUCUUAUCUGUUAGAUAUCAUAAUAUCGCACAAGCAUUUUCCUGGUUUAGGCUGCAUUACUGUGAGGUGAUUUAUUUUGUACAAACCAGAAAAUAAUUUCAUUAUGUGAAUAUUUUUUUAAAAGCACCGCUGGUCAAUACUAAUUGGUCAAAAUAGUGUCCCCUUUUAAAGGGUAGAAGAAGGGUAUAGAUAACAUGGUUUGCUUAACAUACAGAAGCCUCUGUUUUAGUGGCCUUGUGGAGAAGUCUAGAGACAACAUGACCUUUGCCUGUUAGUUAUUGGAGAUUUGAUUUCCUUGUAGGAAGUCGACCAAACAACACAUUUAAAGGUAGAGCAACACGUUAAAGAUAAGCAGUCAUAAAGUCUGAGAAAGUCUUGUAAUAGACUGUCUGGACAUCAAGCUGAACAAAAAUCUAUAUUAUGACAAAGAUGGGGAAAAAACCCUUAAAACUGCUCUCGAAACACUCAGUGACAGGUAUCCUAUUCAGGGCUACGCAGGUUUUCAUCCUCUUCACUCUAAAGCAACAGCUCCCCCUGCUGCCUCAUACUGAUGCUACACAUGCAUGCACAUACACAUACACAUACACACACACACACAUACACAUACACACACACACAUACAUACAUACAUACACACACUCAACACAAUGGGGGCACAAUGCAAAGAUAAUGCACAGGCUUUAAAAUGUGUAAAAACAAAGAGACUGUUGAGUCUAAAAGAACUCUUGGCCUUUUAUAACAUAACACAUCUUAACUCAAGUAAAAAAAAAAAAAUCCUGAGUUGUGUACUGCAUUAUAUUACAUACAGUAUGGGACUUUGGUCACAUGAUUAACUCAAAAGUGCUGGGAGGAGUUGAGAUGUGGAUGAAAGCUCCAGAAGAGAUUUGGAAAUAGCUCUUUAAGCGUGAGAAGAGUUUACACUUUAAUGCCAUUUUGUGAAGGAUAAUUUGGCAGAAAUAUGACCCUUUUUGUAUAUCAAAUUAUAGCGAACACAAAGCCAAAUCUUCUGCUCCAGACCAGAAAAUGUGUUGAAACCCACUUGUCUUUGCGUAUGUCUAUGUAUGUUAAUGUGCACACACUCAAAAUGGCUUCACAGCCUUCUUGCCAGCCUAUACAUGUCACACCAUGAAAUCUCCCAUCAGUGUAUGUAGUCACUGUCCUCUGCUGUGUCUGUGUGUUAUGUCUGUAUAUGUAACUAUUCAAUAUGUUUUAUAUCCUGUACUAUAGUUAUCCUACUGUACCUGUAGCAUGGCUGUUUUUGGUUCUGCAGUUUGCCCCGUGCAUGAUGGAGUGUGUGCGUGUGCGUGUGUAGCAAGCAAGCUAUUUUUUUACAGAGGUGAUUUAUGGGAUGAGUCUGUCUGGGUGCUAUCGUGUGUGCCUUAACUCAGUUUUACUGAACACUGUGACAACUCCGGCAAAACACGAACACAAUGAGCGAAUGGAAGAGACAAAUAUUUACUGUCAUGAUUGGAUUUUUUUACGUUUUUAAGUUUUCCAUUUUGUGAGAUGGACUGAGACAAUGAGUGGAAAAAGUAAAUAAGAAAAAGAAAAAAAUAUGCUCUUUUCUGGAUAACAUGUCUAAUAUUUGAGUUUUGUAAUAUUUGUAUGUAUGUAUGAAAGUUUUGUAAAUUUGUGAUUGUAUGCACGUUUUGGCAUAUGAGUGUAUGUAUCUUAAAAUUUUAAACGCUUGUUUCUUUUUGGUUUUGUUGCAUGUAGAUUGCCGGUUAAGUUUCUUUUGUAUAAACGUUU